AUGGAGAUUCUAUUAACAUUUUGGUAUGUAUUAUUAACAAUUCCUUUAUCCCAUUCUGCCUCUGCCUCAGCUCCUCCUUCAAUGCCCAUGAUUAGCAUCCCACUAUACCACAAGGGAAUGCUCAAUGAAACUGCUAUGGCCUCUGCAGGAGUUCAUUUCCACCCUCAAAUGGAAGCCGUAGCAGAUAUAUACCCUGCUGAUGAUGCCUAUGCAAUAUUCUUGGGGAUUGGUACACCAGUGCAAAUUGUACUAGUUAGAAUGGACACAGGGAGCCCCAUCACAUGGUCCCAAUGCGACCCUUGCAGCAACUGUUACCCCAUGCAGCGCCCUCCCUUUAAUACAAAGGCCUCAAGUACCUUCAGAGAACUUGGCUGUUAUUCUGACACAUGCUUGAUCCCAAUGAUGAGGAUCCUUUUUGGAAACUGCACAGAAUGGACAUGUAGAUACAAUGUGAAAUAUGGUAAGGAAUCUCGCUCCUUUGGUAUGAUGGUAACUGAUACACUUAACUUUGAGCAUUCAAAUACAGAGGUUAAUGACUUCAUCAUGGGGUGUGGAGAUUCUUAUGAGGGCCCAUUUAGGACACAGUUCUCAGGAGUUUUAGGUCUAGGACGUGGUCCACUUUCAGUUCAAAGUCAACUCCAUGCAAAGGCUUUUUCUUUUUGCCUUGUGAGUCCUGGAUCAGAUAAACCAUCCUCUCUAGAGUUUUAUGACACAACACCUUCAGAAGAUGAUCAACAUGGUGUUGGAAACAGUUCCAUUAUGGUUCCUUUGAGAGAGAACAGUAGAUACCCUUACUAUUACUUUGUGCAGUUUGUGGGUAUAAGCAUUAAUGGGUUUAUGCUAGAUAUUCAAUCUACAGUUUGGGGUUAUGGACUGAACUAUGAUGGUGGGGUUAUUAUAGAUACAGGAACAACGCUAACUUAUUUACCAAGUGAUGCGUAUAGUGUGUUCAGGUCAGAGAUACGCAGAACAGAUACCAACCUUACAAAGAAGACAGGACAACAGGGUUUAGAGUUUUGUUAUAAAGAUGAUCCAUCCAAUGUCUAUCCAACCAUUGAACUUUACUUCGAAAAUGGCGAUAUUUCGGGCGAAAAUUUUGUGUCUUUCAAGUUGAACAAUGACCAAAUGCUUUUUAGAACAGAAGAAGGCGCAGUUUGCCUGUCAUUUGCAGAACAAAAAAAUUCUGCCCUUACGGUCAUUGGUAGUAACCAACUCCAAGGAACACAAUUGACUUAUGAUCUAGUUAAUGAGAUCCUAGUCUUCUCAUAUAAUAAAUGUUAG